AUGCCAGAAAAAAACCCGGUCAGAGGUCGAGUAAUCAGCAGCCAGGUCGCCGUAAUAACCCUCGAGCCGGUGGCGGUGGUGGCAAAGUUUUCUGGUGGGCCACGAUUCCGUAGUAAUUCUGCCUCUGGUAAUCGCUCUCGCUCAGCUGCCAGAUUCACGCCGUACAAACGAGGUGAUAUCGAAAGUGAGUGGUCUCACGAUUUGUACGAUGAUGGUUACAUUGCGAAAAGAACCGAAUACGAUGCAGUUGGAACCAAAGUUUUAGUUUCUAAUCUAGAUUUCGCGUUACAGAAUCUGAUCUGGAA